AUGUCGAUUUUACCGAAUAUUGCAGUAAUCGGCGGUAGUUAUGUUGGUAUAAUUCUCUCCACUCUCCCGUAUUUGGGUACAUGUCUUGUCAGAUCAACUAAUAUCUCUAUCUCAGGUGUGAACACAGCACAACAACUAGCCGCGAAAUUCUCAGGGCGCUUCCAAGUGCUAUUGAUCGAAAAGAACUCACACUUCCAACAUUUAUUCGCGUUUCCGCGAUUCGCGGUGACGAACAAGGUGGAUACGCACAAAGCAUUUAUCCCUUUCACGCCAGGCACAUUCGCCAGUUGUCCAGCUGGGAGUGGUGUUGUAGUUCGAGCAGGUGUCAAGAAAAUUGAUAAAGAGGAGAUUUGGUUGGACCGCAAGGUUGAGGUGAAUGGUAAGGGGUUGGACAGAAUUCCUUAUGCUUAUCUGGUCAGUAUGAGAGAGGGUUUAUACUUGCGUGGCUUCUCUGACAAGAAUAUACAGGUCAUUGCGACAGGCACAAAACUGACGCCGCCGUCAACCUUGCCUUCCUCUGACAAAGCGGACGGAGUUACCUACUUGCAAGAGCAUGCAAGGAAAAUCGAAUCAAGCUCUAAUAUCGCCAUCAUCGGUGGAGGUGCUGUCGGCGUACAAAUGGCCACCGACAUAAAGGAGAUUUAUCCUGAGAAAGCGGUGACGUUGAUACACUCGAGAGAACAGAUCAUGAACAAGUUUCAUCCACAGCUUGAUCGCAUUAUCCAAAACCGAUGCGAAGAGUUGGGCGUGAAGCUGAAGCUUGGCUCAAGGGUCAAAUUGCCAGCAAAAGGAUAUCCAACCGAUGGGUCGACGUUCAACGUCGAGCUGCAAGACGGUUCAACUGUGUCUACAGACUUUGCUGUAUGUUCCGAGCAUCAUAGUGAAAAAUCGUUUGCUGAUGAUCAAAAUCACAGGNUGAUUGCAACGGGUCAGACACCCCAAUCAGAGCUCAUCCGAGCCCUCUCGCCAGACUCUAUCGACGAUACCGGCUUCGUGCGUGUACAAAGAACGCUUCAGAUCAACGAUACCAGAUUCCCGAACAUCUUCGCUGUGGGUGAUGUCGCUGAUACAGGAGCCCACAAGGCUGCUCGUCCAGCACUCAGACAAGCUCCUGUGGUCGUGGAGAAUAUCGAGCAUCUGGCAAAGAACGAGCCUCUUGAGCGAUACGAGGUAGCAGAAGGGCCCUCUAUUCAUCUGACGUUAGGCAUUGUAAGUUUUCUGUCCUGUGUAUGA